UCCCACGCCGCUCCUCCACCCUCUCUUUUUUAUAUGCUUUUUUAAUAAAAAACCUAAACCUUUUUUUAAGCUUUGCUAUGAGCUCUGAAAUGGCGUUCCACAAAUUUUCCGCCACCUCCAACCGCACUAACUCCAACCUUAACUCUUCACUCGCCGGCGAGUCUACUCCCAAGACCCAACUCCGGAAACCCAUUCCUUUGACUUCUAAAGAUCGUCACACCAAAGUGAAUGGCCGUGGCCGUCGUGUUCGGAUGCCGGCUCUUUGUGCAGCUCGGAUCUUUCAACUCACUCGAGAACUCGGUCAUCGCUCCGAUGGUGAGACCAUUGAAUGGCUGCUCCGUCAAGCUGAGCCUUCGAUCAUUGCUGCCACUGGGUCCGGCACCACCCCCGCCGCCCAUGAAAUCUCUUGUGCCUCUGGGCUCACUACAACUUCUUCGCCUACGGAAUCGUGUCAGCUGCACUCAGUAGGGAUUGGUAGCGGCGUCGUGGCGGGGAUGUAUACCAUGACAACGCCGCCACCGAGUUGCCGGCUGGACUUGUGCCAGCCAAUGGGGCUUCAGUAUUCAACUGUAGGGAGAAAUGGGUAUCAACAUAUGCCGUUUACAGCGUUGCUUUUGCAGCCGACGGCGGCAGCGGAGGAGGAAGAGCAGCAGGCCGGAAAGGAAGAGGAGGAAGAGAAAAGGCAUCAAGAGUAGAGAUCUCAAAGUACAGCCAUCAGCCACAUAUAUAAAAUAAUAUAUUUAUUGUCGAGUAGUAUUUGCAUAUUUAGUUUAGAUUUUUAGAAUUUGAUGAGAUGAUAGAUGCUAGACCUUUGAGAAAUUGGAAAUGCUUUCUUUGUUUCGUCGUUGUAAAUUACUGAGGAGUGCAUUGGAAAUGAAGUAUUGCCAGGUUUUUUUAA